AUGGAUAGGUUAAAGGCUCUUUGGGCACUUGACUCAAGUGUUAGGGGAAGUAGAGCGGUCACUAGAGCAAGAGAUGAGAAUGGUGAAGGAACUAGAGAGAACCCCGGAAGUUUGAGAUAUGAUUAUACCCAUCCUUCAAAGAUAAGGAGUGGAAAGCAUUUCGAGUCGAGCACUAUGUUCGUCGCCUUCAAAGGAGUGUACUUCGAUGUGGAGCCUAAAGUAGAAGUCCCUCUUUUUUCUUCAAGUAUGCCUUUUCGUGGUGCACCUUUUGUUUUGAAGUCCGUAGAAUCGCCUAGUGGUACCUCUAAGGCCCAAAGGAGUUUGGAGAGGGAUUUGGAGCAAGUUGAGAAUUUGUAA